AUGUUUCUACUGGUUCUGUUCUUCCCAGAUACUCAUAGGACCGCCGUGAUCUUCGUUGCUGAUUUCCUUUCUCCGUCGUCACAUUACCUUCCUGAUUCCAAACAUUUUAGAGACUGUACGCCUGGGAUUAGCCCGGUAGAUUUAUAUUUAGCUCGACAAAUCCAUGUUUAUGCCUGGCGAACGCGUGUAACCAUGGCGGACGAACCGUGUUCUUCAGGGCGCACCGAGGUGGAAGAACAAAGUGCCGAUGAAAAUGUGAAUUUGGUUGACACCAUAGAGGACCCUCUGCUGGAAUGGGUGGGUGCCGAGCCCAGAGGGAUAGCUUCGGCCUAUAGUCGACGUAGUCGAAGGGCAUACACCAUCCUCGUGACGGGCAGUAGCCAGCCCGGUUUCCAGAAGAACUUCGUCGUCACUCGACCAACUUUCACCGCACGAAUCUGCUCGGAGUUCCCCGAGUAUGGAUUCCCCAUAUAUGAAAUUGCCUUCAAGGACCUUGGGUUACAACUGCCCUUCAGCGAUUUUCAGGUCGGGGUCUUCAGCCAUCUGGGGCUGGCCCCGUCGCAGCUUCACCCAAAUUCGCUCGCUUUCAUCCAGGCGUUCGAGCUAACUUGUCGGUUUCUAAGGAUUGGGGCGACCAUACCCCUCUUCUUCAGAGUCUUCCACCUACAGCGCCAAUCCCGGGGAGGUAAGCAUAGCUGGGUUUCCCUGAAACAGUCGAAGAGACUUUUCAAGAUGUACAAGGAUUCCGUGCGGGGUUUCAAGGACAAGUGGUAUAUUGUGAGGCCGGUUACCACAACAGGUUUAGAGUCUGUGUAUGAGGAGGAAACAGUCGUAACCGACGACCACAGGAAAGCCCUUUUAGACGACGAGGGACAUCGGGUGUUGGGGCGCGUGGCCAAAUUUCCCUUGCAUUGGACCUCGAGGCACUACGAGCAUGGCACCGGGUACUACCAUACGUCCGCGGGCGAGAUGAGCUCUGAAGAUGAGAAGGCUUAUGGUACUCUCUGUCGGUAUGUCGACAGUUUCUUCCCCUCCAGAUGGGCCACGAGGGAGGGGGAGGAUAUUCUUGACGAGGAAGGUUAUCCGACCUUCGAGGCCCGACCGAUUGACACGAAGGCACUUGUGGAGUGCCAGUCCUUUGGGCAGGCUGCGAAUUUGCUAGGUCUGAUGGCCGGACGAAGGGAGAGGCUCUUGAAGUUGUCCUGUGACAGGAAGGUAAAUAAGAGGGUGGUGAGAGCUCCUCAGGAGACGAGGAUGGGCCCGCCACAUAGUCCGGGCACUUCUCAGGAGACGAGGGUGGACUCACCACCUAGCUCGGGAGCUGCUUCGGGAGGGAUCCCGACUGUCCAGGAGGUCGAGCCACACACCGACCUGAUACAGAGGAAGAGGAAUCGGGUGGAAAGCCAACCGGAGGUUGGUGAGGACUCCAGCGCCGUGAGGUCCUCCGGGUUGCCCCCUUGCUUUAAAGAGGAGGGUUUCUUCGAGGGGUUUCCCUUGUCCGUGAGUGCUGAUGAAGCCGAAACUAUCAGGCGGAUGAGCAAGGAAAAUCGGAGAAGGCACCUGGCCGCCAAUAUGGUCAGGCUGGUAAAGAUGGCCGAGAUGGCCGUUGUGCUGGCCGAGGAGGGGGAGGACUCUGACCGUAUCAAAGAGUUGGAACAGGAGAAAGUUGCCCUCACCUCGAGUUCGCGAAAGUUAAAGGCUGCUCUGGAACGCUCCGAGGAGAUGUUCCGCGAGCAAGCCGAGCUGCUGGCGACGGAGACAGAGUUGCUGGCUCUGGAGAAAGAGAACUCAGGGAAGCUGGCCAAGGAGAGAGACCUUUUUCGUGCGGACCGGGAACGUCUGGAAAUUGACAACGGGCGCCUCGCCAGAGAGAUCGAGGACCUAAAUGCCGCUAUGCUUCCUGCCGAGGACGAGUCGGAGGAUACAGCUCCUUUGAGGAGUCGAUCGGAACUGGUCGCUCGUAUCCAACUUCUCGAGGGGGACUGUGUCGGAGCUAUGGUGGACGACUUUGAAGCCGCGGUCAGCCAGCUUUCCCUGUUGAAUCCCGGCCUGAACACUGAAGGGGUGAGCCAUAUGUCUCAGAUCAUUGAUGGUCAGGUCGUGCCUCCGCCCGACUCUCCUGUUGUUGGUGAUGGUAGCUCCGGGGAAGCUGAGUUGUGA